GGUUAUCUCACCUGCGCGGUCGUCUCUCCCCCGACGACCAACCACCACCUCAGCCAAGCGUCAGCCACACGUGCACACGGUUGUGUCUUUUCCAUUCUGCGUUUUCUCUUUCCCUGCCUGGCCGUGGACCUAUUUCGCACAGCCAUGCCGUCCCAUGCGGAGCUGUACGACUAUUACUGCCGGCGCUCGGCCUGCCACCCUAACAGCUCGGUGCAGCAGCUUCUCGAAGACAGCGGCAGCAGCGUGCUCGAUGCACUGGAUGUGUCUGGAAACUAUUUGGGCCCUCGUGGACUGCUCCCAGUCUUGGACCUCGUAAAGAACACCAAAACAAUUCACACACUGGAUGUGAGCAACAACGAGUUGGGGUUGGAUCAGGUGCAGCACCUUGCGUAUUGUCUCGCGUUGCACCCCAGCAUCCGGCGUGUUCGGCUCUGCAACGCAGGCCUGCACGACGGACACGCCGAUGUGCUACUGCAACUUUUAUUCAUGAACACGUCAAUAGAAGAACUGAUACUGGAGGGCAAUUACCUUACCCCGCCCUGUCUCAAAGUGUUGGAGGCGGCGCUGACGCGCAAUCGAACAGCACAGCAGCUGCGCCGCACCGAAGAGAAGGCACACGCGGCCUACCUCUCAGAAAAGGCUGCCACAUCGGCAAUGACGAAGCGCACGUUUUCUGCCGCUCUGUCUGGCAGCAUCCCGGCUGCGGAGUCGGGCGGCUACGUGCACUUCGCCACGUGGUUCAAAAAUCCGCAGUUUUGCGUGCAGAUGUCUCGCGCCUCGAGUGUGUCGUUUGUGCUGGAGUGCACGCAGGAAGAUACGGGGGUGAAUCAAAUGGGAUUGAUGGUGCUGCGCCACGACGGGGUACACCGCGCGGUGGAAAUCACUGACGCGACGGUCGUGGCGGAGAGUCCGGUGACGGAUAGGCACUGUGUGGUGCACGCUUUUCUGAAUUGCGAGGAGUCGUACGUGGUGAUGCCUUACACCUUUAAUCCUGGCCGCGCCCUGCAAUUCCGUCUCACCGCGACGCUCAUCAACGACCGCGCCGCCCAGGAAGAGGGCUGGAUAACGCUCGAGAAGCUCGACGCUCGCUACGACUGGUGCACAUGCUCGAUCGAGGAUGGUGAGUGGACAACGGCGAACGCAGGCGGCGGAGGCCGACAUACGACGUGGCGGAGAAAUGACAUGUACCACCUAACGAACUGCAGCACGGACGCCAAAACGGACGGCAGCGACAACCGUGCGAGUGCCGCUACCGCCAGCUCGUUGCCCAACGACGGUACGACAGCCACCAUUUACGUGGUGUUGAUUAAAGAGGCGGACCCAUAUCGUAACGAUGACCGCGCAAUCGGCAUCGACGUGGUGGCACACGACGUGCACAACCCCAACGCGCCCCCGCUGUUUUACUCCUCUGACGUUGUCUGUGCCUCACUGCCGCAUGUUCCGGCGUCGUUUGCUCUACUGAAGGUGCAGCUGCCCGCGUCGAACUUAGACGUUUACGUGGUGCCGUCCACGGAGUUGCCGGGGCAGACCGGCACCUACACGCUAACCGUCCUCAGCUCCAUCGCAGUGCAGCUAACGCAGUCGUCCUUUCCGCACGCGUGGCGCUAUCGCAUCAUGAACGGCAUCUGGGACGAGACGUGUUGCGGCGGCUGCCGCGCGGAGUGUUUGUCGUGGAAAAAUAAUCCAUCAGUCGAGGUGCACGUCGAGGAGGUCGCGCAGCCCUUGAUUGCCUGUGUCGAGCUGCGUACCAUGACCGCCACCGCUGUCGAUCCUGAGGUAUCUCUUUCACCUGCACAUGCACCAGCGGCCACAGCGGAAGUGGAAAAGCGCGACGGCAUUCUUGAUUCGGCGCGGCGCCAAGCGGAGUUAAUGGCUUUUCGUCAACGUCACCGCACUCAGCGACUAGAGGUCGGCGUCAUGGCCGUAGACACCGUCGCACCCGCCUUCACCACGCUGGCCACCUCUGCCCAAAGCGAGCACGCCGCGUCAGUGGUGGUGAGCCCCACACAUCCAGACCUGUACAUCGUGCCGAUGCUGCGGCAUCCUGCGGACAUCGCCGUCUACACGCUGGAGCUAUUUUCUCCCUCGCCCUUCGUCGUCGAAUCGGUGGACGCGGUCUGCCUCGCGACUCGUGAACGACAGGCGCAGCUGGCGGCCUACGCGUCGGAAAGCGAGCAGCGAGCCGCCAUUCUUCAGGCUGCCGACGAGCAGCAACAGCAAAGUGGCGAAGGCCCACAUGAUUCCGUCUCGCUGCAGGCGGAGCGCAUGACAAUUCUUGAGAAGGUCUCUCAGACUGGGCUGCCGUUUGUGGAUCGUGACUUUCCGCGUGGCAUCUCUUCUCUAUUUCUCGACCCCGAAGGUCCACUUCCUCUGGACUUACCGGUGCAGACGACGUGGAAGCGCGUGUCGGAACUCUCGCAACCACGCGUGCGUGAGGUCAACCCCGCCAACAUGUGUCCGCCUUACCAGUACAGCCCUCGCCACUGGUUCGCCUCGGUGCUGCAGGCGGUCGCUGCGAAGCCCGGUUGGCUGGCCCGCAUCUUUGUUCACUACGCCCGUGAGGCGGGCUUUGCGCAGUUCGCGUUUUUCAAGCAGGACGACUGGGUCGGGGUGACCAUUGACGACUACCUCCUGGUGGACAACCAAGACGAAUUGGUGUACGGCCGCAGCAGCCGCAGCAGCGACGGCGCUCAAGAUUUCUUUUUCCCGCUGGCGGAGAAGGCUUACGCGAAACUGCACCGCUGCUACGAAGCGCUCGAGCCGAAGGCCAACCCUGAUCAGACCACGCCGGAUCUGCUGUGUCAGGGGCUGAUGGAUGUCACGAGCGGCUUUACGUCGGUUGUGCAGAUCCGCUCGUGUGGCAAGUCGGACGAGAUGCCAGCUGACGAGAAGGACCAACUCUGGCGAACGUUGAAGUGUGCGAUUGAGCCGUCGCUGCUGUGCUCUUUCAUGCUCGACAACGGCGGUGCCGUGACGCGCGAACGAUCGCACGUUGGCCUGCUACCGGACCGCCUCUACGGCGUGAUCGACGCCCGCUUUGUGGAGCAGCAGCGUCUUGUGAAGAUUCGCCUUUUAGCCUCAGCGGAUGGCGAUGACGAGUGGAAGGGGAAGUGGACUUUUGACAGCCCCCGCUGGACCGCGACGCUGCGGGACGUUUUGAACUAUCAUACUGCCGAACCCCACGCGGCGUGGCUGCACUUUGACGAGGCGCUUUACUAUUUCACCCACGUCUUCGUGACGGAGGUGUGUCCACGUAAGGUCAGCGUGGUGGGCAGUUUCGCAGAGCCGAUGGACCACGACCCGGAGCGAGCGACGGUGUCGCUGCGCAACCCACAGUUUGCGCUCACUGUUACUCCGACAAGCACGGCGAAUGACACGGCAGUGGAAGUGCACGUUGGCGUGCACCGACGUGAUCCGCGGCUCGACAUUACACGCGCUAAAGGCGCGACUGCCCAACUGAAAACAUGGCUCGGUUUUGCAGUUUUUGCGACAGACGACAACGCCCGACGACUCAGCGGCGUCACGGACGAUGAGCUGCUGCAGCUGGUGAAGCCAAGCGUGAAGCGCGAUCAGUACGUCACGCUGCAUCUCACUGCAGGAUUUCUACGCACGCGGAAGAUCACCGUCAUGCCUUUUCGAGAGAAUCUUCGCGACCCCGAUGUAUCGUACGUGCUUUCAGCGAGUUGUGCAGCCGCCACUUCUGCUGCGGUUGCGGCUGUCCAGCUGACGCACGUCGCACCGAACACGAGCACGACCAUCUCGGGUCGGUGGGACGCCGGGGUGAAGGCCGGACCUCCCACCUUUCCGCAGUGGCGCAACAACCCGCAAUUUUUUCUUUCUGCGGCGCAGGAAGUCGAGGUGACGGUGACGCUGCGGCCGACCUGCACGACCACCGCCACGCUCGGCUUCACACUGCACCACACACGCCGCUGCAGCAGCUUUUUGAACUUCGACCCAGCAACGGUGGUGGCCAGCGCGUUCUCUGACGUGGCCGGCGCGGCGCCGUCGUGCGUCGUGCGACUGGCGGGCAUGACAGAGCGGCGCGGGAUGCCCUACGUGUUGGUGCCCUACACCUCCGACGAUGCCGGGGAGUUUCAGUUGGAGGUGGUGUGCAACCAGCCGGUGCAGCUGCGGUCCAUCGACCCACGACUUGACUGGCACCGUGUGUGCCGCACCGUGUCCAUCAACGCGGCUGACGGCAACACGGGCGGCAACCCGGCGGCGUUCCCAUCGUGGCGCUUCAAUACGCAACUCGUCCUUACCUUUCCGGUGGAGCGCGAUGGACGUCUUUUCAUUUCUGCCAAGCGCGUCCGCAGCGCCGAUCCACGCGUGAAGAUCGGCAUGCUGCUGCUGCGUGCCGGCUCGGCGGUGGCCGGCAGCUACCAGCGCCGUGUCACCUUCAGCGAAGACGACGUCGUGGUCAGGUCAGCCGACGGCCCGGCGGAGUCCGUGGUAGACACCGAUGUGACCUUGCUCGGCGACCGCGAAGCACUUAUUCUGGUGGUCUACGCCGACCAGCCCUAUAAAGAAGCGGACGUGGAGCUGAGCUUCUAUUCGGUGCCCACCCUCGAGGUGCAGCCUGUCACGGAGUGGCCGAAAGUGCUGAUGCAGGAGGGCAGUUGGGAACUCGGCACGACAGCCGCCGGUAGCCGCGAAAACUUCGCCAGCUGGAUCAACAACCCGUUCUUCGGUCUUUCGGUGUUGCGGCCGACCAAAGUCACGCUGCUGCUGGUGCAGUACCCGCGCGAUCACGAGCAUCCGGUGGUAAAGCGGCACGGGGCGCAGAAGACAUUCCUGCCGCCGCCACUCGUGCAUCCCGACCGCUGCACCGCGAUUCAGCUGAGUGUGGCGAAGUACGACGCGACGCUAACCGAAGUCGUCUCCACGACACCGACAACAAAUGCGGAUACGUGCGUUACCGUGGAGCUGAGCCCGGAGCAGCCGUACUUGGUCGUUCCGUGCACGCAGGAGCCGCAGCACGAUGGUGACUUUAAGCUCUUUGCGUUUGCCGACUAUCCUAUUGAGCUGUACGUCGCGGAGAAGCCACGCCUGCCCUACGUGUGAAGAUGUUUGUAGUGGGUGGCGGUGGUGGUGGUGGCCUCUCUCAUGGUGAGCUGUAUGUGUAUGCGCAUGUUCUUUUAUUUCUUUUGCCUGGAAUGUGACGUUGGAUGUAUAAUAGAUGUUUGGGGUGAAGGAGCCCCUUCCACUUCGUGGCGGCUCUCUUUCUUCUUGUAGUUCAUGUGGCACAGAUAAUUUUAAUCUUCAUGUACAGCUCUUCAGCGUGGCUCUUUCGACGCCUCUUAUUUACUGAUGAAC